AUGUAUGUGAAUGCUUUGAUACAGUAAUGUUAUACUAUGAGAUUUUAGUGCAUUGAGUGAAUGUCGCAUUUUUAAAUGUUUGAAUUUCUUGCCAGUUCCGUCCCGACGCUCGCAGGGAACGGAACCCGGAAGACGGAUGCCAGCAUCGACCGGAGGAGAUGGCCAGGAACGCUGCAGGGGGGACAUCGCGGGAGCGCAGGACAAGGUAAGUGCUGGAGGGAAUCCCAGAGCAACGUUGCAGUGUAAUCCCGAGUGUAGCUAAGGGUUACUGCUUCUUGUACUGAAAGUUUACCCCGAGCUACACUCGGGAAUACCGCCAGGGGGGUUAA